ACCGAACCUUUAGUUACUAGUCUCUUGUCUCAUUUUCUAACGAAAGGAGACAUUUUCUAGCUCUGAGAUUUUAUUCUUCUUCAUAAAUCAUCCAACAACCCGUGAACCUAUUAUAAUUUCUUCCAAGGGUUCGAUUCGAUGAAGGCUUCUCGAGUUCUAGCGGCAGCAGCAGCGAGGGUAGGACCGGCGAUGAGGAAGCAGGUGUUAACGUUGACGGACGAAGCAGCAUCUAGGGUUCAUCAUCUCUUGCAGCAGAGGCAGAAACCUUUUCUCCGAUUGGGCGUUAAAGCCAGAGGAUGCAACGGUUUAUCAUACACCCUCAAUUACGCCGAUGAGAAAGGGAAAUUUGAUGAGCUGGUGGAAGAAAAAGGUGUGAGGAUCCUUGUGGAGCCCAAGGCAUUGAUGCAUGUGAUUGGCACCAAGAUGGACUUUAUAGAUGAUAAACUAAGAUCGGAGUUUGUCUUCAUCAAUCCUAACUCGGAAGGUCAAUGCGGGUGUGGUGAAUCGUUCAUGACAACAUCUACUUCCUCGAGUGCUAAACAGAGUUGAUAGUGUUGCUGCACUAUCAUAUAAUUACAUUGUUACCAGAGUCUUUGAGAAACACAAUGCUUUUACCAGUAAGAAUUGUGCUUUUAUUGGUCACUUCAUCACAUGUACAUUAUAAACAGUCUGGUUGCUUAAAGAUAUUUCGUAAGCUAUGUACUUGUGCUUGUGAUUUUCUUGGAUAUCAAUUCAUGUAUUCUUUAGAACACCAAGUUAUAAUAAAAUGUAUGGAUUAUUUAAAUUAAUGUACGGCCUUUUCUGUUGUC